UCCUAUCCGUACAUUUUCCUGCCCUCUGUGCAAUUCGUAGAGACAAACCUCCUCUCAAUCUUGUUCACAUUCAUCUCCGCAUACCGCAGCCAUGGCUCCCCUUGCCAACCAAAAGACCUACAAGCUCUACAACGGCGUCACCAUCCCCGCCGUGGGCUUCGGCACCUUCGCCAGUGAGGGCGCAUCCGGCGAGACGUACGCCGCCGUCACCACCGCACUCAAGACGGGCUAUCGCCACCUCGACUGCGCCUGGUUCUACCAGAACGAGGAGGAGGUCGGCGCCGCCGUGCGCGAUUUCCUCAAGGAGAACCCCAGCGUCACCCGCAAAGAUCUCUUCAUCUGCACAAAAGUAUGGAACCACCUCCACGAGCCCGACCAAGUCAAAUGGAGCUUCAACAGCAGCUUGACUAAGCUGGGCAUGGACUACAUUGACGCCUUCCUCGUUCACUGGCCCAUUGCCGCCGAGAGCGACGACCAGCACAUGCCCAAGCUCGGCCCCGACGGCAGGUACAUCAUCAAGAAGGACCUUACAGAGAACCCGGAGCCCACAUGGCGCGCCAUGGAGGAGAUCUACGAGUCCGGCAAGGCAAAGUCCAUCGGCGUCUCCAACUGGACCAUCGACGGCCUCAAGAAGCUCCUCAGCUUCGCCAAAGUCAAGCCUAUGAUGAACCAAAUCGAAAUCCACCCCUUCCUCCCCAACACCGACCUCGUCAAGUUCUGCCAGGAUAACGACAUCCUCGUCUCCGCCUACUCGCCCCUCGGCUCCCAGAACCAGGUCCCCAGCACCGGCGAGAAAGUGCGUACAAACGCCAAGCUCAACGAGGUCGCCCAGCGCAGCGGCUACGACCUAGCUCAGGUCCUGCUGGCCUGGGGUCUGCAGCGUGGCUACGUUGUCCUGCCCAAGAGCUCCACCCCCUCGCGCAUCCAGAGCAACUGGAACAUUCCUGAGCUCAGCAAGGAGGACUUUGAGGCGGUUGAGGAGGUUGCGCGAGGCAGGCACACGCGCUUUGUUAACAUGAAGGAUACCUUUGGCUACGACGUCUGGCCUGAGGAGACCGACGGUGGAGAGCUCAAGGCAUAAAGAAAGUGGGGUAAAAAAAAAGGUGGAAACGUAUUACAACAGAACCAACACCAUGAUGACACGCCGAGGGCUUCCGUUCCUCUUCUUCAAUUGUUGUCUUUACUAUUUAGCGAUACCAAGAGAAAAGAAAAGUCUAUUGCAGACUAAUGUAGAAUAACAGCUCGUAGAGCAAUUUGAAAUGGGUUUAAAUUUCAUAUUCAGCAUACUGCUCUGUGUAUCGCAAUUGUUGCCGUGUUAAAUCGCGCUC